AUGAGGGGCUGGCCGCCGCCGCCCAUUGGCCGGCCGCGGAGUGUCGGUGAAGUCAGCUCGGAGUAGCAGAAAAACAGAGCGGGGCUGACUGCAGCGUGGAGCGCGAGCCGGGCAGGACGCGCGCAGCCCUCGCCGGAGACCCGCGAGGAAUUGAUAUCCACUGGAAGAACCUGCAACCCUCUCUCUGCCCAGAGCUCCAGGACCAAUGUGUCUUCCCACCGCCUUAAACCACUGAGCCAUCCGAAGCCGCAGCUUUAGAAGACUUGGCCCACUACCAGCAUGAGUUCUGAAUAUGAUGCCGGAAGCUCUAAAGCUGUUGUGAAUGGCUUGGCGCCCGGCCGCCAUGGGCAAGACAAAGCAACUGCCGACCCUUUACGUGUUCGCUCUAUUUCUGCUGUUAAAAUAAUUCCCGUGAAGACAGUGAAAAGCCCUUCAGGCCUGGUACUCCCUCCAGACAUGGACCCUACAAAAAUCUGCACUGGAAAAGGAACAGUGACUCUUCGGGCCUCGCCUUCCUACAGGGAAACCCCAAGCAGCAGCCCUGUGAGCCCUCAGGACUCUCCGAAGCAUGAGAGCAAGUCAGGCCUGGAGCCAGAGGACCCUCCAGCAGAGGAGUGGAGACUUUCAUCCAGUGCCGAUGCCAAUGGCAACGCCCAGCCCUCCCCACUUGCUGCCAAGGGCUAUAGAAGCGUGCAUCCCAGCCUUUCUUCUGACAAGCCCCAGGAUGCCACCUCCUCCAGCCAAGCCUCGUCUGAGGUAAUAGUUGUCCCUCUCUACCUGGUUAAUACUGACAGAGGGCAAGAAGGCACUGCCACUACUCCGGCAUCUCUGGGGCCACUUGGCUGCGUCCACACCAUCCCGGCGACCACCCCUGCUGCCUCACCUUUGACCUUCCCCACACUAGAUGAUUUCAUUCCCCCUCAUCUGCAGAGGCGGCCCCACCACAGCCAGCCAGCCAGUGCUUGUGGCUCCCUCCCCCCUGCUAGCCAGAGGCCACCACCCUCACCACCACCUCCGCUGGUCCCUCCCAUACCGGAGGACCUCCACAGAGGCUUGGAGCCUGACCUCCCGGGAGCUGUCUCAAGUACCGGCAGUCCUUUAUUAAAUGAAGUUUCUUCUUCCCAUAUUGAAACUGAUUCCCAAGCCUUCCUUCCAACAAGCAAACCGUCAUCUGCCUACCCCUCCACCACAAUCGUCAACCCCACCAUAGUGCUCUUGCAGCACAAUCGAGAACAGCAAAAACGACUCAGUAGUCUUUCAGAUUCUGCCUCAGAGAGAAGAGUGGGAGAGCAGGACUCAGUGCCAACCCCAGCAGAACUCACCUCGCCCAGCAGGGCCCCGGAAAGGAGAGCAAAAGAUGACAGCAGCAGGCGGGUGGUGAAGAGCGCACAGGACCUAAGCAAUGUGUCUAUGGAUGAAGUGGGCAUCCCACUCCGGAAUACUGAGAGAUCGAAAGACUGGUACAAAACCAUGUUUAAACAGAUCCACAAGCUGAACAGAGACACUCCUGAAGAAAACCCUUAUUUCCCUACCUACAAAUUCCCUGAACUUCCUGAAAUCCUGCAAAAUUCUGAAGAGGACAACCCUUACACUCCUACCUACCGGUUUCCUGCAUCUACUCCUAGUCCUAAAUCUGAAGAUGAUGAUUCUGAUCUGCACUCUCCUCGAUAUUCCUUCUCUGAAGACACAAAGUCUCCCCUUUCUGUGCCUCGCUCAAAAAGUGAGAUGAACUACAUUGACGGGGAGAAAGUAGUGAAGAGGUCGGCCACACUACCCCUCCCAGCCCGCUCAUCUUCACUGAAGUCCAGCCCAGAGAGAAACGACUGGGAGCCCCCAGAUAAGAAAGUGGAUACAAGAAAAUACCGAGCAGAGCCCAAAAGCAUUUACGAAUAUCAGCCUGGCAAGUCUUCUGUUCUGACCAAUGAGAAGAUGAGUCGGGAUAUAAGCCCAGAAGAGAUAGAUUUAAAGAAUGAACCUUGGUAUAAAUUCUUUUCGGAAUUGGAGUUUGGGAAACCGCCUCCCAAAAAGAUAUGGGACUAUACUCCUGGAGACUGCUCUAUCCUUCCUAGAGAGGAUAGAAAGACUAAUCUAGAAAAAGAUCUCAACUUCUGCCAAGCAGAGUUAGAGGCAGAUUUAGACAAAGUGGAGACGGUUAAUAAGUCACCCAGUGCAAACUCGCCACAGAGCUCAGCAGUCAGCCCGACUCCAGACGUUACCUCAGAGCCUCCUGGAUAUAUAUAUUCUUCCAACUUCCAUGCAGUGAAGAGAGAAUCAGAUGGGACCCCCGGGGUUCUUGCUAGCUUGGAGAACGAGAGGCAGAUUUAUAAAAGUGUCUUGGAAGGUGGCGACAUCCCUCUUCAGGGCCUGAGUGGGCUCAAACGACCCUCCAGCUCAGCUUCCACUAAAGUGGAUCGUAAAGGCGGGAAUGCUCACAUGAUUUCUUCAUCAUCAGUCCAUAGCCGAACGUUUCACACUAGCAAUGCCUUAGGCCCUGGGUGUAAGCCCAAGAAACCCCUGUCGGCUGCGAAAGCCUGCAUUUCGGAGAUCCUUCCUUCUAAAUUCAAACCCAGGCUCUCUGCUCCCAGCGCUCUCUUGCAGGAACAGAAGAGUGUCCUGUUGCCCUCAGAGAAGGCUCAGAGCUGUGAGAACCUUUGUGUUUCUUUGAAUGAUCCCAAAAGAGGCCUCCCACUCCGAGUUGGGGGGAGCAUCGAGAACCUGCUGAUGCGCUCGCGGCGGGAUUACGACAGCAGGUCCAGUAGCACCAUGAGCCUCCAGGAGUACGGCACCAGCGCCAGGAGGCCCUGCCCUCUUUCCAGAAAGGCCGGACUGCACUUCUCCAUGUUCUACCGGGACAUGCACCAGAUCAAUCGAGCUGGCCUCUCCUUAGGCUCCAUCUCCUCCUCAAGUGUGCGGGAUCUCGCCUCCCACUUUGAAAGGAGCAGCCUGGCAUUAGCCAGGGGUGAGCUGGGUGCUAGCCAGGAAGGCUCAGAGCAUAUCCCCAAGCACACUGUGUCUUCCCGUAUCACAGCCUUUGAGCAACUCAUUCAGCGGUCCCGGUCCAUGCCAUCCCUGGACUUCUCUGGCAGGCUCAGCAAGUCCCCCACACCCGUGCUGUCUAGAAGCGGCCUGACUUCAGCUCGUUCAGCCGAGUCCCUCCUCGAGUCUACCAAGCUCCGUCCAAGAGAGAUGGAUGGGAUGAACUCUGGAGGGGUCUAUGCAUCCCCCACGUGUAGCAAUAUGGCGGACCAUGCCUUGAGCUUCAGGAGCCUUGAGCCUUCUGAGCCCCUUUCUAUCUGUUCAGAUGAGCUAGACCACUGUUCCAAUGUUUCUAAUGACAGCAGGGAGGGCAGCGGGGGCAGUGUCCAUGGAGACUUCCCCAAGCAUCGCCUCAACAAGUGCAAGGGCACCUGCCCGGCCUCGUACACCCGCUUCACCACGAUCCGGAAGCACGAGCAGCAGCAGUCCUCCAGGCAGCCAGACUGGCGCUCCGAUUCCAGGGGCGACAGGAACAGUCUCCUCAGAAACAUCUACCUGAUGAGCCCCCUCCCUUUUCGGUUGAAAAAGCCCCUGCAACACCACCCCAGACAGCCUCCCCCCAAUGACUCCUCAGGCCCCCCUGCCAGCCAGAAGGCAGAUGUCCCCAGUCAGGGCCCUCAAGACCAGCCCCACUCUGAGGGGAAACCCAUGGUCCCCACCCGCCUAUCUUCCCGACACACCAUGGCAAGGCUUAGCCACAACUCAGAGCCCUCUCUGGACAGAUCUGCAGGCCUGGAGGAUUGCACAGGGGCCGUUAAUAACGGGAACCCCGUGCCCUACUCAGACCAUGGCAUGGACAGGAACAACAAUCCACAAAGGGAACUGGCAGCGGCCCAUGGAGAUUCAGAGUCACCAAGACAUUUUAUACCAGCUGAUUACUUGGAGUCUGCGGAAGAAUUUAUCCGGAGACGGCAUGAUGAUAAAGAGAAACUUUUAGCGGACCAGAGACGACUUAAGCGUGAGCAAGAAGAGGCCGAUAUUGCAGCUCGACGCCACACGGGUGUCAUCCCGACGCAUCAUCAGUUUAUCACUAAUGAGCGCUUUGGGGACCUCCUCAAUAUAGAUGAUACUGCAAAAAGGAAAUCUGGGUUAGAGAUGAGACCUGCCCGAGCCAAGUUCGACUUUAAAGCACAGACACUGAAGGAGCUGCCUCUGCAGAAGGGAGACAUUGUUUACAUCUACAAACAGAUUGAUCAGAACUGGUACGAAGGUGAACACCAUGGCCGGGUGGGAAUCUUCCCACGCACCUACAUCGAGCUUCUUCCUCCAGCUGAGAAGGCUCAGCCCAGGAAGUUGGCACCUGUGCAGGUUUUGGAAUAUGGAGAAGCCAUUGCUAAGUUUAAUUUUAAUGGUGAUACACAAGUAGAAAUGUCCUUCCGAAAGGGUGAGAGGGUUACACUGCUCCGACAGGUGGAUGAGAACUGGUACGAAGGGAGGAUUCCUGGGACGUCCCGCCAAGGCAUCUUCCCCAUCACCUAUGUGGAUGUGCUUAAGAGGCCGUUGGUGAAAAACCCGGUGGAUUACAUCGACCUGCCUUAUUCUUCCUCCCCAAGUCGCAGUGCCACUGCGAGCCCACAGUGUACUAGUCACAGCAAGCUCAUCAUGCCAGCCCCUUCAUCACUGCCCCACUCCCGCCGAGCCCUGUCCCCUGAGAUGCACGCCAUCACCUCUGAGUGGAUCUCGCUGACUGUUGGGGUCCCGGGCAGGCGUUCUCUGGCCAUGACACCACCCUUGCCUCCUCUGCCUGAGGCUUCUGUAUAUGACACGGACCACUUGGCCUUGUCAGCAAGGGCCCGUCCCUCCUUGCCACUCAGCCUCCCCUAUUCAAGUCUGUCAGAUCACUCCACAUUGCGCUCAGUGCUUUCCCCACUGGCCCUGCCUCCACCCCACAGAGCCUCCUCCCUGGCACCCAGUACCCAGGCUCCUCUUCACGUCAAUGGAGAUGGUGGUAUUCACAUCCACCCAGAUGGCUUCUCUCAGCCACCACUUGGAAACUCUGAUAGGGUCAUCUCAGAGCUUAGUGAUGCCUUUAGCAGCCAGAGCAAGAGACAGACCUGGCGAGAAGAUGGACCUUAUGAGAGGAAAGCAGAGAGCGAGGCAGGUGAGAGAUGCCCUGGUGGACCCAAGAUCUCUAAGAAGAGCUGCUUGAAACCUUCAGACGUGGUCAGGUGCCUGAGUUCUGAGCAGAGACUCUCAGAGUUCCACACUCCUGGUGACAGCCAAUCCUUCAAGCCUCUGGGUAGCCCUUUCCCAACAUGGGAGGCUGGGCCACCAGAGCUUCACAGAGGUGUCGAGGCUGACAGGAAGGCUGCUCAGAGUGGUGUAAGCCAGCCUUCUCAUCAUUCACUGAGCGCAGGACCUGAUCUCACAGAAUCUGAAAAGAACUAUGUGGAAGCAGUUUGCAAUGAGAUCAUAAACAUUGCCGAGAAAUCUGUCCAUUACUGCAGCACUGUCUCUCAUCCCCUUGACUUCCAUCACAAGGUACCCCCCUCUGACAGUAAAUCAUCUUUAAUCGUUUCUCAGCAACCUCAAGCCCAGCAGCGGAGAGUCACCCCAGACAGGAGUCAGCCCUCACAGGAUUUCUACCAAGCACUGUAUAGCUAUGUGCCGCAGAAUGAUGAUGAGUUGGAACUCCGAGAUGGAGAUAUUGUUGACGUCAUGGAAAAAUGUGACGACGGAUGGUUUGUUGGCACUUCAAGAAGGACAAGGCAGUUUGGUACUUUUCCGGGCAACUAUGUAAAACCUUUAUAUCUGUAAGAAGACUGAAAAUCACAGAGAUUAUUUUUCUCGGAGGAUGAAGCAUCAUUCAUGAACUGGUCUCUUUAUUUAAAUAUUGAGUCAGCAGGAAAUUUAAUGCAGUUGGUAAAGAAUUCAAAGAGAGGAACGAGGAAGUGUGUUAAAACCCACUGUGUAUCAGGGCUUGACUGUGUGCUGAGGAAACUGGUAUUUACGUGGCUGCUCUGGAAGCUGCUCCAGCCCCACUGUUCGGGUAAUCUGAUCUGGAGUAGUGUCCAUGGGCAGCGUUAGCCAAAACUGUGCUUAGUCUUCGCCCAGUCCCAUUUCCAAGGGGCCCCCUGGGGCAGAUAGCUCAAUUCCUAGCCAUGUCCCACAGGCCCAGCCUGAGCAUCACUGACCACGCCUGCCUCUAUCCCUGGCUGUCCCACAGCCAGCAGAACCCCAGUGCUGCUAGAAGCCAGUCUGGGUUGCUGAGGUUCUCCUUCAGCACCUCGACUUGAUGAGGUCUAGGUAAAGACAUGGAGGCAGACCGGGUACCCUGGCAUUCAGUCAGCUGGGUGACAUUGCUCUUGACUGCUCUGAUAUUCAGACAGAAAGCAUGCCAUAUUUGUCCUGAGCUUGGGAGCAGGUGGCCAGGCAGAUGGGUUACAUUUGUGUUUCCACGUGACUGAGGCAGUCACCUUGCGGCUCUGGAGGUCACUCGGAGUAUACUCCUUUCCUGGUCACCACCACUGGCUGGGCAGGAUGGCAUGUGCCUUUCUUCUCUGGCUUAGUAUGAGCUCGAUACCCCUGAGCCCACAGAAUCCAGAUGGGGCUCUAGUAGUUCUCUUAGCAUGUGUAGGAACAAGCUGGCUGCUGGGCCACCAUGCUAAGGCACCCUCAGACCUGGAGGGAUCCCGGCUUUGCCCGUGGAGGGGUUCAAAGGCCACUCGGAAUGUUGUCUCUCCCGAUCCUUGUCCCCCUCCUCCACAGCACCCCAGGCCAGGGAGUCCUGAUGCACAUAGGGAAACAUCCAUUCAGAGCCGAAGUCAUACAUACACUGGUAUGAAGCAGCAGUUCCGCUCCUUCUGAUGGCCACCAGGAGUCUGUCCUCUGUGGGUCCUGGCCGUGAAGAGGGACCCCUGGGUGCUGUCACCACACUAAUUGUUAGAUCCCUAAUUGACACAAAGCUAGGUAUGGCCUGUCCCCAGAGCUCAACUUGCCAGGGUUUCAGCUGAGUGGACGACAUAGGAAAAGGAACCCAAUCUAGAGAGACUGUGAUAUGUGCAGAGGGUGUGAGAAGGGAUGAGUUUCUCCUGGGGUGGGUACCCUAGAAAACAUUGCCAGGUUUGCAUCUCCCUCAGCUCACUGAGGAUGCUGGGAGAACCUUUGUCUGAGGGUAUUUAUGUCUGGGGAUACUUGGAAUUUCCCCAGACUCUCAGCCUCUUAUUCUACCCCCAAAUACAUGGACAGGGUCACAGAUAGCAGGAAUUGUAGGUGAUGGGGGUAUAUACUGGAACCCCUGGCUCUCUGCAUGUAGUUGAGAAUCAUGCUAACCACUAUCCCAAAGUCUGGAGUCUUUACAAGUUGGAAACAUUUGUUUUCAGUGGCUGUCCCAGAUAGCCUAGGAUCCCACUCACUUCCCCCCACCAUCCAUCUGCCACAGUUCUCCAAGGAGGCUCUCAGGAAAGACACUGCCUCUGAUUGAUUCACACUGAAAAAUAAGUGGGUGAUAGGAGGAAUGCGUUGCCUCCUUCAGGGGGCGUGGUUUUUCACUGACAGAGCAGAGCCUUUAAUCCCAAGGGCGAAGGGUGUGGAACUGAGGGCAGAAAAGCCCUGGUGACUCCAUGACCUGUUGCUUUGGAAGCUUUGCUUCACUGGUCGGUAGCACUGCUUUCUUUCUUUUUUUCUUUGCCCCUCUCAAGGGAAUAUAGCAACAAAUAUAAUAAUAAAAAUAAAUAAACGCAUAUGUGCAUUUUUUAACUCGUUUGGAAUGUAGUCCUUGCUCUAUCCUAGAUGCCAAACAUGAACAGUGCAAUUGUAUCUAAAUUUCCUGAGGGGUGCUUUUUGAUUAAGUAGGUAACUUCAAACACCCCUUUAAAUACAGCUAGAAAAAAAAAAAACAUUUUGUAAAAGCCACAUUUGCACCCAAUGCCAGCGUCACACAGAUGAUCUCCCAAAAUCCAGGUAUGCCCAUCUUUAAUAAAAAUCUUUCCAGCUUCCUGUGUAUGAGAAGAAAUGAAAAGAGCAAAGGUUUCCAAUUAAUCCUUUGUCUUCAGACAUUUAGUAAUAUAAAGUACCUAUUUUUAUGCUGAAAUGUUUAUACAGGUUUACUAACAGCAAGCGCAGCUAACUGGCGGCAUGCCUCACAACACGGUUUUGAUAUAUUAGCCAUGCUUCCCAGGUAAAUGCACGCCCCAAACUACUCACCUUUUGCAGUCUCUCUGGAAUCAGUAAAAGAAAAAAAACAUCACGUUUGAGAAGUGGGACUGUAAAUAUGUAAUGUAUAUUUAACUUUGUGUAGCCCAUGUACCUACCUUGUAUAGAAAAUAAUUUUUAAAACUUGAGCAGAAAUGGAGUAAAAUAAGGAAGUCAUGAAGGGUUGGUUUUUUUCCCACUUUUAUUUAAAUGAAGGAAUUUCAAAUAAUUCACCUGCAGACUUUUAGCACAAAAAAUAGUCAUUGGAAAUUGUUAACAUAUACAGUUGUUCUUUGGGGAAAAGAUGACAACUAGAAUAUCAUUUACAGUUUUCGUUUUGCAGUUCUGUUUUUCUGCAGUAGUAUUAAAUCCUAUUGCUGGAAAAGGUUACUACAAAAACAGAAGAUUAUAUUCAGAAAACAAUAACUGACAUAUGUAACCUACGAAGGUGUUGCAUCUAAAUUCCACACCAAGCGCAUGUACUAUGCAGACACAGAUUUUUCUGUUCAUUUAUUUUUCUUUAUUGCAGUGGAUUGAUUUGAUAGACAUGUUGAAUUACAACUUUGCUGUACAUACUAUUUAAUAAACUUUAUU